AUUUAUCUGUAGUAUUUGGCCCAACAGAGAAACGCCCAAAUACAUCUAAAACCCUACUUAAUUUAGCUGAACGCGACGCCAUUGCCUCCUCUCUCUCUCCCGUCUCGCCCCGAUUCAACAGCAAAGAUGGUUCUCUCGAACGACUACGAUUUGCUCAACCCACCGGCGGAGCUUGAGAAAAGGAAGCACAAGCUUAAGCGCCUUGUGCAAUCUCCCAACUCUUUCUUCAUGGAUGUCAAGUGCCAGGGUUGCUUCAAUAUAACCACUGUGUUCAGCCACUCCCAAAUAGUUGUUGUGUGCGGAAAUUGCCAGACGGUGCUGUGCCAACCGACUGGCGGCCGCGCCAGGCUCACCGAGGGCUGCUCAUUCCGGAGAAAGGGCGAUUGAGGAACAUAUGGAAUGGAUUCUGGUUUGGUGUUUUCAUUUUGAUCAUUCAAGACAUGCUAUGUUUCUUUAUGUAACCUUUUAAGUUAAUUCAAUCUAGAUUCGGAUUAUGUUAUAUUAUCUUCCCUGUGAGGUUUAUCUACUUUUUGCUUAGUUGAUUGAGAUCAA